GUUACCAGUUAAAUACUGUAUUCUUUAUUUAGUAAUUUAAUUUUAACAAUGGCGGAUAUUGAUAAGCUUACGUUAAUGAAAACAAAGUUAAAACAUCUUUCUAUUAAAACAUUGCAUUGUUCCUCAAAAAGUAGUUUUUGUUGGAAAAACUUUGGAUUACUAAUGAUUAGUGUGAACGGAAAAAAACGUUUUGUACCCUCAGAUCAAGUGUUUUGCAUGGUCUGUUUAGAGGACGCCAAAAACUUAUAUGAAGACGAAUUAUUUGGAAGUGUAAAAGUGAAAUCGUACAGUAAGAAAAUAAGCACAGGAAACCUUAUGAGACACCUGAGGGAAGAACACCAAAUUAUGAGUGACGAACCUCGUAAAACUCGCAAAACCCGCAAAUCUCGUCAAGUUCAAGAACGUAAUGAUGACCCUCAAAAAGAACAUAACAUUGCACCUUAUAAUGAAUCUAAACCCCGUGAUGAACUUUGUGAAUCUCAAGAACUAAAAGAAUUCGCAAAUGUCGGCACAGGCGCCUCAAGCAAAGCUCUUGUUGUAAACAAAAUAUCUAAGUGGAAAUUGGGAAAACAUCUAGCAUUAUGGCUCUGUCGUUCACUUUUGCCAUUUGACUCAAUAAACGACGAAGCUAUGAUUGAAUUGUUAAAAAAUUAUAAUGUUACUCUUACAAAGGAAGACGUUCCAUCACAAAGUAUUAUUCGAUGUGCUCUGGAUAAUGUUUACGAAUGUACGUUGGAAUGCAUAAAACAAUCUGUAACAAAGUCAGCUUCGCAACAUGUUGCAAUUACCACAGAUUUGUGGAGUGAUUGUUACAGACAUAACAACUAUAUAACUAUUACUUUACAUUUCCUUAAUGAAUUAUUUACUCUUGAAAACAUAACCCUUGCCACGCAACUCAUCAUAGGACCCAAAACAACUGAGAAUAUAUCAGAUUAUGUAUUGAAGACCCUGCAAAAGUUCGAUCUUCUGGAAAAACAUAUAGUUCUUGUUUCUAAAACGGAACCAACUGCAAAUAAAAUGGCAACAUUAUUGUCAAAACAAUUAACAUGCGAAAGCCAUUAUUGUUUAGGAAAGGGCUUGCAUGACCUUAUUGUUGUGGACGGAAUUAAAAAUACGACUAAUGUAUUCAACCUAGAAAUCAAGUGCAAAAACAUUAUCAACACAUUAAGAUUCAAACAAUAUGAGUUAGAAGAUUUAAUUGAUAAAGAAGAACAAAUUAUAUUAAGUUGCAUAGCAGAUGCUGGUCAAGUGAUUGAAAUUGAUGAAAACGUGUACAUUGAAAAUGACAACGAUUCUGAAAUGGAUUACAAUGGAAUAGCGGAAAGAUUAUCAGGAUUAGAAUCUAUAAACAAAUCUAUACCAACACGUUGGGAUAGCACACUGACUAUGUUUGAAAGCUUAUACAAUAAAUAUAACAUAAUCCCUAUCAAUCGACUACUAAAUAAGUUAGAAAAACCCGAAUUAAUAUUAAAUGAAAGCGAAUGGUUACUAAUACAACAGCUUACAAAUUUCUUAGCUAAAUUCCGAGAUUGUGUUUUAAUAAUGAGUGCACAAAAUUCUUGUACAAUCAAUAUGGCAUUAGUAUUUAAGAUGGAAGUCGCUGAAAUUUUAGAUACACUGGAUAUAAACGACAGCCUAGAAAUAUUUAAUAUGAAGACAAACAUGAAAGCUAAUUUAGACUGUCGUUUUCCAACAAAUAAAUUAACAGUUGCCGCCACAUUAUUAGACUGCCGAUUUCAAACAAUUAAAGAAAUAGACGUGUAUUUACAAAAUCAUAGUCUAAAUCGUGUAUCGUUUUUGGCAAGUUAUAUACGAGAAACUGUUAGUACAAAUGAUACGAAUUUAUCUAAAAAUAAUUUAUCAACUACAUCAAAAAUCGAUGUAAACGCUUCUCCGAAAAAUUCUACGUCAUUACUAAUACAACUUGCCAUGAAGUACGAAGCUAAUAGAGAUUCCGAUGAAAUUGAAAACAAGUCGAUUGAAAUUGAGUGCUGUAAGUACUUCGCGGAGUGCGAUCCCCAGGAUCUAACUAGGAGUGACAUAUUAAGUUAUUGGAAUGAGAGAAGAGUGUCACAUCCCUACUUGUCUACACUAGCAAAAAAAAUAUUAUGCACACCGGCCACUACUGUACCUAGUGAACGUAUGUUCUCUAUAGCUGGCCUAACAACAGCAGCAAAACGAUCGCAACUUUCUGGAAAUAACGGACAUAAUAUAAAUAAAAUUCUAUUCGUCCAUGAUAAUUACAAUAAAUGUAAAAACUACAUUGAUAACAUUUAAUACUCUUCCUUAUACAGUAUCUACUAUUGAAUCAUCUUUUAAAAUUUAUUAUAUUAGUAGUUUAAAGAUAAUUGUUUUAUAAUAUUUUAAAUACUACACUUUUAAUCUUGUGUGAUACAUACAUUCAUUAAUGAUAUCAUAAGUACUGACAACAGAGGUUAAAAGCUUAUAUU